UUUACGUUAUAGACAAUUCCAGCAUUAAAAACUUGUGGAAAAGUAGAUCCAAUUGAAGAUGGAAGGUGGUGCUGAGCUUUAUGGCGGCUGAUACCGAAUGUAGUAUUGAUUACGAGUGGUAAAAACCGCGCAAACUCUCUGCUAGCUGAAUGAAUGACGCGUUUACAUAUGGCACCGACAAUUCAUAAACGAUACAGGUGUGGAUAAAGCUGUGAAAAUAUCAGCUGUAUGCUGGUCAAACGGUGCAAAGACGAAGAUGAAAUUCAAGUUCUUUCGCUCGACUUUCCUGCUACCAUUCGGAAUGCUCAUUAGUCUCACCACUGGAGAACUUGAGUUCUAUCAAGAUACUGUACCAAAGAUGGCAGAUGACAUUACGUUCGAGCAGCUAGCUAGAUUAUAUCUAGAAGCUCGUAAUCAUCAGCAACGUGGAAUACAACAUGUUCAUAUACCUUUACACUUGAAUCCAAGAUUUCACAAAGAUCAUCGAUUUGACUAUUUAUUGCAGAAAGAGAGGGGUGGCUUCGAUGCGCGGGAGAUACCUAAUCUAAUCGAUCUGCUGCAGAAACAAAAUCUAAAUCCAAUAGAGUACAUACAGCAGAUUCAUCGUAAUGAUUUGCCACACGUUAGGUACAUUCCGAGCUUGGAUCGUUAUCAAGAGUAUGAUCCUUUCAAGCAGGAAGCAGAGCUUGAGAAAGGAAUGAAGGAGGGGCCAUUUAUAGAUUACUCCGGGAAUUACGUGAAAUUGAAUGAAGGAGGAGAGCUAAAACACUUGGAACGGAUAGGGCAACACGAACAACACUUUCAGAGAACACCCGAAUUUACCUUUGCUUUUGGCGAACCCGAUCUCAGCGAAAAGCAUCCAUUUGCUCUAAGACCAAAUGAUCCUCGCUACUACCAAGAAGCACCCUUUUCCCACUUCACUGAGGAUGACGAUGAUAAUAAGAAGAAAUACCCAAGUAUACAACAAUUUGUAGAAGAACCAAAGAAAGUCCUUUCGACGCUAGAUAUGAAAAUGAAACAGAAUGAAAUCUCUCAGGAAGAUAAAAAUUAUGAAGAAAUAAUUAAUCUGCCUGAACCUCACAGAAGAGCGGAUAACAAUCCGCUGGUUUUAUCCGUCGGAAGGGCAGAAAAUGAUGACAUUUAUUUCAUCGCUGUUGUUGCUGGAUGCAGUGCAGCUGCCAUGUUUGCUUUGGUUCUAGUCAGUUUAACAUGGUGCAGAAUUCAACGGGUUGCAAAAGCAGCAGCUGACAUUGAAUAUCCAGCGUAUGGAGUGACAGGUCCAAAUAAAGAUGUAUCACCUUCCGGUGAUCAGCGGCUCGCUCAGUCGGCCCAGAUGUAUCACUUCCAACAUCAAAAGCAACAGAUUAUUGCUAUGGAAAAUCGAGCAUCCGCGAACCGAGAUCCAGGUUCUGUUUCUGAGGCAGAAAGUGAUGAAGAAAAUGAAGAGGGAGACUACACUGUCUAUGAAUGUCCGGGUCUCGCUCCAACUGGUGAGAUGGAGGUGAAGAAUCCGCUCUUUCACGAUGAUCCAACUCCGGCAACGCCCAUGACGCCGGCCCAAAUAAAGAGAGAAGACCACUAACUUACACGUGCGUUUUAGGUAAUGGUCUGAAAUCUAAAUCCCAUCCUGGGGUUUAGCUCACUUUUACUUGUCAUAUCGAAGAAGAUCCUUAUCCAUAUACUGAAUAUAUACAAUUUUACCAUUUAUAUGAAAUACAACGUAUAUCCUAAACAUAAAUCACAAAGAAACAAUGGAAUACGAUAUUUCCCUCAAAUAUCGCUAUUCCAUUUGUCGGACUGAUGGAUGAAGAUCGCAAUUUUUUACCUCAUAUACAAGCACAUACGCAUACUUUUGCAACAACAAAACCACGAAAAGAACUAAACCUCUGCAUUUUUCCUGGCUUUUUUAUACAAUGAGUAACCACAGUUUGUGUUGCAUAUGAAAGUAAAAGAUUGUAAAACAUGUUUGAGUUGGGGUUUGUUAACUCAAUACAUGUGUGUGACGGAUUUAACAAUCACACAAUAAUGAUUUGUAAAAAAACGAAUGUGAAAUUGGUUUGUAAUCGUAACUUUCGAUUGAUGUGUAAUCGUUCGGUAUUUUAUUUGAGUGAGUCCUGCCUCGAAAUUAUACCUCAAGAUGCUAUCAUGCGCUUCCGAGCGUUUCGUUGCAAAUUUUGCAUCGGCACAUAUGUAGGCCUAUCGUAGAACUUAGGAAAAAAAAUUUCAAACACGUAUCGAUGAGCUUUAGCAAGCUGAAUUGAUGUCCGCCCGUGGCGUCAAUAUAAUCACAAACGUACAAUUAUUUCUCUCUAUACCCUGGAAACAGGAAUAGAUCGAAUGGCAAAUAUUUGAAUCGGAGAAUUUAAGAAUGCUGAUUUACGCUAAUUGCGGCCUAUUCGAUUGUUAAAUUUUUGGUCGCUCUUAUAAAUUUAAUUAUUUCAAUCUGUCACCAUACAGGGACCACUGGUUCAGACAAGUUUUUGUUUAAUUAUUUUUCUUUUUUGUAAUCGGCCGAUUAAAAUGAUUAAAGUUCGCGUGAAUCGCAAUUCAAAAAUUCUCCGAAUCAAAUAAUUUCCAUUCAAUCGAUUUUUUUAUCUAGGUACACCUCAUGACAAUUUUGUGUUAUAUACUCUUAAUUUUAAAUAUGCAUUUUAAAAGACAUUCCAAAGGAGGGCCGGUUCGAGAUAAUAGUCCGUAAAAGUGCCAAAGAGUCAAUGAAUUGACUGUUCAGCGAUUAGACGUUUCCUAUGGCUAAGUUGCCCUUAUAUUUUUUAUAAUAUCAACAGUUUAUCAAUCUAUUAAAUUAUUAUGGGCUCUACUGUCGAAUUGGAAAAUAUAGGCAAUCCUCUGAAAUGAAAAAAGAUAAAAUCGUGAUCAAACUUCAAAUCCUUAUUGAAUUUUCUUUAAAUUUUGCUUAGACUUGUAUCGAUGAUGUCUAUAUUUUCUGAUCCGAUUAUUAAAUGGUUUGCAUUUCUUGAUAGUGAGAUGUUCUUUCAAGUAAAAGUACAAAAAUCUCUCGCUUUUGGUCAAGUAUGAACUGAAGGCUUGAUUAGAAAUUAAGUGUUUCUCUUAUUUUCCAGACUUUUAUAUAAAUAUGUUUUAUUAUAUUUUUAUCGAGAUUUAAUUAAAAAAUUAAGAUUCGAGAAGUACCUAACUUCUACAAUCUGAGUACACAAAUUAUUGCAAUGAUCGACACUUUUAAAUUAUAAUUUAAGAU